AUGAGUAAAGUUCCUCACGUUGUGAUCAUUGGUGGCUCUUUUGCCGGUAUAGGCGCGGCCGAGAUCCUCGCCGCCUCGAAGAGUCCCGUCAAAGUCACUGUCAUCGCUGAAUCGUCACACUCGUAUUUCGCCGUGGCAGCACCUAGAGCGCUGGUGGAACCUGACGUAACAAAACAGCUGUUUUACUCCAUAAAAGACAAAAUCGGUAAGCUCGGCAACAAAAACGUUUCCUUCGUGUUGGGCAAAGCCACCAAACUCGACGGAGAAAGCCAAACUGUGCUGGUGGAAGACAACACCACAGGCAGCCAACAAACGGUCUCGUACGAUUUUUUGAUUUUGGCUUCGGGGUCCAGAAGUCACUCCCCUGCGUUCAAGCUGCAAGGUGACUAUCUGCAGAGCAAAGACGCGCUGCUUGGAAUGUCGAAAAAUAUCAAAAGUGCCAAAACCAUCGCCGUUCUUGGCGGUGGCCCCACGGCCGUGGAAAUUGCCGGUGAACUGGGCCUCACCUAUGGCAAAGACAAGAAAAUCUCCCUUUACACCGGAGCCUCGGGUCCCUUGGUCAAUUGGAACUCAAAGGUCACCGAUAGGGCAUUGCAACAGCUGGAAAGCCUCGACGUUCAGGUAUUGAACACAACAAAAUCGGUUAAGGUUGACGAAACUAGUGACGGAUCAUCUGAAGUACAUUUCAGCGACGGAACUUCAAAGACUUUCGAUGUUGUAGUAUCGGCGUAUGGAAUUAUUCCAAACUCAGAAUAUUUGGAUGCAAAACUGCUAGACAGCAGUGGAUUCGUGAAGACAGAUGAAUAUUUGGUAACCAAAGCUUACCCAAACGUUUUGGCAUACGGUGAUAUCAUUUCCAAUCGUCCUUGUUCCAUCAUUGACAUUGAAAGAGUCCAACAUGCGACUUUUGCCGCCACAGUCGAUGCUGUAAUCUUCGGUUCAUCUGGUUCAAAGAAAGCCCUAAAGGAUAGUCCAGAAAUGGGUCUAGUUCCAAUUUCCAGAAACGGUGGUGUCGGUGUACUUUUCGGAUGGAGAACACCUUCUUGGUUCGUCAGGCUCUUGAAAUCCAAGGACUUUAUGGUCUCCCGAGGCGCAAAACACUUUGCAUAG